GGCGCGCAGUGCAGGCUGAGGCGCCGCGCCCCGGAGGCUGCCGCUCUGGCCCGCCGCCCCCCGCCGCCGCUCCGCACACGGCACCCGCCGACGCGCCGCGGGCCAUGGACCUGCCCAGGGGCCUCCUGGUGGCCUGGACGCUCAGCCUGUGGCCAGGGUUCACGGACACCUUCAACAUGGACACCGGGAAGCCACGGAUCAUCCCUGGCUCCAGGGCCGCCUUCUUUGGCUACACGGUGCAGCAGCAUGACAUCAGUGGCAAGAAGUGGCUCGUCGUGGGUGCUCCAUUGGAAACCAACAGCCACCAGAAGACGGGAGACGUGUACAAGUGUCCAGUGACCCAUGGGAACUGCACCAAACUCAAUCUAGGAAGGGUCACCCUGUCCAACGUGUCCGAGCGGAAGGACAACAUGCGCCUCGGCCUGAGCCUGGCCACCAACCCCAAGGACAACAGCUUCUUGGCCUGCAGCCCCCUCUGGUCUCACGAGUGUGGGAGCUCCUACUACACGACAGGGAUGUGUUCGCGAGUCAACUCCAACUUCCGAUUCUCCAAGACUGUGGCCCCAGCUCUCCAAAGGUGCCACACCUACAUGGACAUCGUCAUUGUCCUGGAUGGCUCCAACAGCAUCUACCCCUGGUUGGAGGUUCAGCACUUCCUCAUCAACAUCCUGAAGAAGUUUUAUAUCGGCCCUGGGCAGAUCCAGGUUGGCGUUGUUCAGUACGGAGAAGACGCGGUCCAUGAAUUCCACCUCAAUGACUACAAGUCUGUGAAAGACGUGGUAGAAGCCGCCAGCCACAUUGAGCAGAGAGGAGGAACAGAGACCCGGACGGCAUUUGGCAUUGAAUUUGCUCGCUCAGAAGCUUUCCAGAAGGGCGGAAGGAAAGGGGCCAAGAAGGUGAUGAUCGUCAUCACGGACGGGGAGUCCCACGACAGCCCGGACCUGGAGAAGGUGAUCCAGGAAAGCGAGAGGGACAACGUGACCAGAUACGCCGUGGCCGUCCUGGGCUACUACAACCGCAGGGGGAUCAAUCCAGAAGCUUUUCUAAAUGAAAUCAAAUACAUCGCCAGUGAUCCAGAUGACAAGCACUUCUUCAACGUGACCGACGAGGCGGCCCUGAAGGACAUUGUCGAUGCCCUGGGAGACAGGAUCUUCAGCUUGGAAGGCACCAACAAGAACGAAACUUCCUUCGGACUGGAGAUGUCACAGACGGGCUUCUCCUCUCACGUGGUGGAGGAUGGGAUUCUGCUGGGAGCCGUCGGUGCCUAUGACUGGAACGGAGCUGUGCUAAAGGAGACCAGUGGUGGGAAGGUCAUUCCUCUCCGGGAGUCCUACCUGAAGGAGUUCCCCGAGGAGCUCAAGAACCACGGCGCAUAUCUGGGGUACACAGUCACAUCGGUCGUGUCCUCCAGGCAGGGGCGGGUGUACGUGGCUGGAGCCCCCCGGUUCAACCACACGGGCAAAGCCAUCCUGUUCACCAUGCACAACAACCGGAGUCUCACCAUCCACCAGGCCCUGCGGGGCGAGCAGAUAGGCUCUUACUACGGGAGUGAGAUCACCUCGGCGGACAUCGAUGGUGACGGUGUGACUGACGUCCUGCUGGUGGGCGCACCCAUGUACUUCAGCGAGGGCCGAGAGCGAGGCCGGGUGUACGUCUACAACCUGAGACAGAACUGGUUUGUUUACAACGGAACACUGAAGGAUUCCCACAUUUACCAGAAUGCCCGAUUCGGGUCCUCCAUCGUCUCAGUGCAGGACCUCAAUCAAGAUUCCUACAACGACGUGGUGGUGGGAGCCCCUCUGGAGGACAACCACAAAGGGGCCAUCUACAUCUUCCACGGCUUCCGAGGCGGCCUCCUAAAGACGCCGAAGCAGAGAAUUGCCGCCACAGAGCUGGCUCCCGGCCUCCAGUAUUUUGGCUGCAGCCUUCACGGGCAACUGGACCUCAACGAAGAUGGGCUUGUCGACCUGGCGGUGGGCGGCCUUGGCAACGCCGUGAUUUUGUGGUCCCGCCCUGUGGUUCAGAUCAAUGCCAGCCUCCACUUUGAGCCGUCCAAGAUCAACAUCUUCCACAGGGAUUGCAAACGCAGCGGCAGAGAUGCCACCUGCCUGGCCGCCUUCCUCUGCUUCACACCCGUCUUCCUGGCACACCAUUUCCAAACAGCGACAGUCGGCAUCAGAUACAAUGCCACGAUGGACGAGAGGCGGUACACACCACGAGCCCAUCUAGAUGAAGGCGGGGACCGAUACACAAACAGGGCUGUCCUGCUCUCCUCCAGCCAGGAACACUGCGAUCGGAUCAGCUUCCAUGUCCUGGACACCGCUGACUACGUGAAACCAGUGACCUUCUCAGUCGAGUAUUCCCUGGAGGACCCCGACCACGGCCCCGUGCUGGACGACGGCUGGCCCACGUCCCUCAGAGUCUCGGUUCCCUUCUGGAAUGGCUGCAAUGAGGACGAGCACUGUGUCCCUGACCUCCUGCUGGAUGCCCGCAGUGACCUUCCCACAGCUAUGGAGUACUGCCAGAGGGUGCUGAGGAAGCCUGCGCAGGACUGCUCCGCAUACACGCUGUCCUUUGACACCACGGUUUUCAUCGUAGAGAGCACGCGCCGGCGGGUGGCAGUGGAGGCCAUGCUGGAGAACAGGGGCGAAAAUGCCUAUGGCACAGUCCUAAACAUUUCACAGUCGGCAAACCUGCAGUUUGCCAGCUUGAUCCAGAAGGACGACUCCGACGGCAGCAUUGAGUGUGUGAACGAGGAGAAGAGACUCCACAAGAAAGUCUGCAAUGUCAGCUACCCCUUCUUCCGGGCCAAGGCCAAGGUGGCCUUCCGUCUAGAUUUCGAGUUCAGCAAAUCCGUCUUCCUGCACCACCUGGAGAUCCAGCUCACAGCGGGCAGUGACAGCGACGAGGAGGAGAGCACCAAGGAAGACAACACGGCCCUCCUGCGCUUCCACCUCAAAUAUGAAGCCGACAUCCUCUUCACCAGGAGCAGCAGUCUGAGCCACUACGAGGUCAAGCCCAAUAGCUCACUGGAGAGUUAUGAUGGCAUUGGGCCUCCUUUCCACUGCAUCUUCAAGAUCCAAAACCUGGGCCUGUUCCCCGUCCACGGAGUCAUGAUGAAGAUCACCGUGCCCAUCGCCACCAGGGGUGGCAACCGCCUGCUGAUGCUGAGGGACUUCCUCACAGACCAGGUGAACACUUCCUGUAACGUCUGGGGAAACAGCACUGAGUACCGGCGUUCCCCGAUGGAGGAAGACUUGAGUCAUGCCCCACAGCUGAAUCACAGCAACUCUGAUGUAGUCUCCAUCCACUGCAACGUGAGGCUGGCCCCCAACCAGGAAGUCAAUUUCCAUCUGCUGGGGAACCUGUGGCUGCGGUCCCUAAAAGCACUCAAGUACAAGUUGAUGAAAAUCACGGUCAACGCAGCCUUGCAGAGACAGUUCCACAGUCCUUUCAUCUUCCGAGAGGAGGAUCCCAGCCGCCAGAUCACGUUUGAGAUCUCCAAGCAAGAAGACUCACAGAUCCCCAUCUGGAUCAUUGUGGGCAGCACACUGGGGGGCCUCCUACUGCUGGCCCUGCUGGUUCUGGCGCUGUGGAAGCUCGGCUUCUUUAAAAGUGCCAAGCGCAGGAGGGAGCCCAGCCUGGACCCUACCUCCAAAGCGCUGGAGUGA